AUGUCUCUGUUAUGGAUAGUGAUACUACCAGUAACAGGUAAGCUGUGAUUAUAUUUCUAUCAUGCCAACAGAUUAAUACUUUACAAUCAAUGUGACUUGUCUUCAGUCUAUAUACUGUAGGGAGCCUACUGUGUUUCAUGCAUUUUAAUAGAUUAUGGGUAGGCUUGCGAUUUGAACUAAUCAGAAAUUGUCAGUAUUGUACUUAAUGAUAUGUACAUAUUUAAAUGCAGCCAUAUUAGGCUAAAUAUUAUAAUUUACUAAUAGGCCUACAUUAUAACCAAUAAUAGAGACGGAAUAAAAAACUGUCAUGACCUCAACAUUCCCUAGACAACUUUAUAAUGGUGAAAUACUUACCGUUAUGUGUUAUUGAUUAUGAAUGUGAAUUCUAAUUCAUUCUUAUUUUUUUAUUUCAGCCUUUGCAUUUCACGUGGAGCUAAAACCAAAGAGUGCUUUUUUCAGAGUUGGUGAUAGGCAGCAACUGCGAUGCUCCGUGAAGGAUUGUAACGAAAAGGUUACUAUCUCCUGGGCUUUGCUGGGGGAUAAGCCCAUGUUUGCUAAAAUACACACCUCAGGGUCAGAAUCCGUGGCGGACUUUGACCCUGUGAUGACAGUACAUGAUGACACACUUCUCUGCAAAGUCAGUUGCGGAGCAUUGACGAAACAACAGCGUGCGGUUGUCAAAGUGUACUGUAAGUCCAUUAAACUUGAUUCAGUAAGCCAUCAUAAACCAUUGUAAUAAGCCAAUAUAAAAUGCAUAUGAAUGCUUAUAAGGUUGUCAAUGAUUAUUAUCAAUAUUAUGAAUGCUUAUGAAUUGUAAUGCUUUUCAUACAUAUAAAUGCUUAUAAAUGCUUAUAAAUGAAAUAUGAAUGAAAUUAAUAAAUGGUUUAUUAAUACUUUAAUAAUCAAGCAACGCAUUAUAAAGUAUGUAUACAAAAAAAAUGUAUGCACGCAUGACUGUAAGUCGCUUUGGAUAAAAGCGUCUGCUAAAUGGCAUAUUAUUAUUAUUAUUAUUAUUAUUAUUAUUAUUAUUAUUAUUAUUAUUAUUAUUAUUAUAAAGUUAGCAGUAUGUAACUUAAUUCAUUUUGUUGUGUUACAGCCUGAAUUUAAAACUGAUUAAAUUGAGAAAUGUUGUGUCACUGGCCUACACACAAUACCCCAUAAAAACAGUUACAGAGUUUAAUGGCUGUGAUAGGAGAAAACUGAGGAUGCAUCAACAUUGUAGUUACUCCACAAUACAUACCUAAAUGACGGAAGGAGAAGGAAACCUGUACAGACUAAAAAUAUUCCAAAACUGCAAAAACUGUGGCAAAGAAAUGUACUUUAUUUAUUGAAUACAAAGCAUUACGUUUGGGGCAAAUCCAACACAACACUGAGUACCACUCUUAAUAUUUUCAAGCAGGGUGGUGGCUGCAUCAUGUUAUGGGUAUGCUUGUCAUCGGCAAGGACUAGGGAAUUUUUAUGAAUACAAAGAAACGGAAUAGAGUUAAGCACAAGCAAAAUGCUAGAGGAAAACCUAGUUCAGUCUGCUUUCCAACAGAUACUGGGAGACAAAUUCACCUUUCAGUAGGACAAUAACAUAAAGCACAAGGCCAAAUACAGUGGGGGGAAAAAAGUAUUUAGUCAGCCACCAAUUGUGCAAGUUCUCCCACUUAAAAAGAUGAGAGAGGCCUGUAAUUUUCAUCAUAGGUACACGUCAACUAUGACAGACAAAUUGAGGAAAAGAAAUCCAGAAAAUCACAUUGUAGGAUUUUUAAUGAAUUUAUUUGCAAAUUAUGGUGGGAAAUAAGUAUUUGGUCACCUACAAACAAGCAAGAUUUCUGGCUCUCACAGACCUGUAACUUCUUCUUUAAGAGGCUCAUCUGUCCUCCACUCGUUACCUGUAUUAAUGGCACCUGUUUGAACUUGUUAUCAAUAUAAAAGACACCUGUCCACAACCUCAAACAGUCACACUCCAAACUCCACUAUGGCCAAGACCAAAGAGCUGUCAAAGGACACCAGAAACAAAAUUGUAGACCUGCACCAGGCUGGGAAGACUGAAUCUGCAAUAGGUAAGCAGCUUGGUUUGAAGAAAUCAACUGUGGGAGCAAUUAUUAGGAAAUGGAAGACAUACAAGACCACUGAUAAUCUCCCUCGAUCUGGGGCUCCACGCAAGAUCUCACCCCGUGGGGUCAAAAUGAUCACAAGAACGGUGAGCAAAAAUCCCAGAACCACACAGGGGGACCUAGUGAAUGACCUGCAGAGAGCUGGGACCAAAGUAACAAAGCCUACCAUCAGUAACACACUACGCCGCCAGGGACUCAAAUCCUGCAGUGCCAGACGUGUCCCACUGCUUAAGCCAGUACAUGUCCAGGCCCGUCUGAAGUUUGCUAGGGUGCAUUUGGAUGAUCCAGAAGAGGAUUGGGAGAAUGUCAUAUGGUCAGAUGAAACCAAAAUAUAAACUUUUUGGUAAAAACUCAACUCGUCGUGUUUGGAGGACAAAGAAUGCUGAGUUGCAUCCAAAGAACACCAUACCUACUGUGAAGCAUGGGGGUGGAAACAUCAUGCUUUGGGGCAGUUUUUCUGCAAAGGGACCAGGACGACUGAUCCGUGUAAAGGAAAGAAUGAAUGGGGCCAUGUAUCGUGAGAUUUUGAGUGAAAACCUCCUUCCAUCAGCAAGGGCAUUGAAGAUUAAACGUGGCUGGGUCUUUCAGCAUGACAAUGAUCCCAAACACACCGCCCGGGCAACGAAGGAGUGGCUUCGUAAGAAGCAUUUCAAGGUCCUGAAGUGGCCUAGCCAGUCUCCAGAUCUCAACCCCAUAGAAAAUCUUUGGAGGGAGUUGAAAGUCCGUGUUGCCCAGUGACAGCCCCAAAACAUCACUGCUCUAGAGGAGAUCUGCAUGGAGGAAUGGGCCAAAAUACCAGCAACAGUGUGUGAAAACCUUGUGAAGACUUACAGAAAACGUUUGACCUGUGUCAUUGCCAACAAAGGGUAUAUAACAAAGUAUUGAGAAACUUUUGUUAUUGACCAAAUACUUAUUUUCCACCAUAAUUUGCACAUAAAUUCAUUAAAAAUCCUACAAUGUGAUUUUCUGGAGAAAAAAAAUCUCAUUUUGUCUGUCAUAGUUGACGUGUACCUAUGAUGAAAAUUACAGGCCUCUCUCAUCUUUUUAAGUGAAAAUUACAGGCCUCUCUCAUCUUUUUAAGUGGGAGAACUUGCACAAUUGGUGGCUGACUAAAUACUUUUUUCCCCCACUGUAUACACUGGAGUUGCUUACAAAGACGACAUUGAAUGUUCCUGAGUGUCCUAGUUACAGUUUUGAGACUUGAAAAUGGAGACUUGAAAAUAGCAAUGAUCAACAACCAAUUUGACAGAGCUUGAAGAAUUUUUAUAAUGCACACAUAUUGUACAAUUCAGGUGUGCAAAGCUCUUAGAGACUUAAAAAAAGACUCAAAGCUGAUGUAAUCACUGCCAACAAUGAUUGACUCAGGGGUGUGAAUACUUAAGUAAAUUAGAUAUUUCUGUAUUUCAUUUUCAAUAAAUGUGCAACAUUUUCUAGAAACAUGUUUUCACUUCGUCAUUAUGGGGCAUUGUGUGUAGAUGGGUGAGAAAUUUGGAUUUCGGGCUGUAACACAACAAAAUGUAGAAUAAGUCAAGGGGUAUGAAUACUUUCUGAAGGCACGGUACAUGUACAUGUUGAAGUAGGUCUAUGAAUUUCAAUUUCAAACAUGUGUAGCUGCCCUAAGAUUGUCAUUUGAUAUUCCAGCAUUUCCAGAGGCUCCUGUCAUAUCAGGCUACGACCAUCUUCUCUUGGGCCAGACCAACACUCUGACAUGUGAGGUGACAGACGCUUAUCCCGCGGAGUACCUGCGGCUUGAGUGGCUGCGAGGAGACAGGAUGCUCCAGACAAACGCAGAGUCGGUUGUAUCUACCUACAGGUUCACGCCCACCUCAGAGGACAAAGAGGCAAGCAUCACAUGCAGAGCCUCUCACGAUCAGGAUGGUGUGCCUGAUGAUGAAAAGACCAAGGAAACCACUGUCUCUCUCACAGUGCUUUGUAAGUUACUAAAGUAUAAAUGUUAGACAAAGGGUCAUCUCUGUUAACCCAGAAGUAAAAUCUUGCGUAAUGCGCAAUUAAUUUCUGUGUUCAUAUGUGUUAGAAAUUGAGAGUUCAGGCAAAAACGAAGUCUCCACCCUCACAAAAGGAAAUCCCCCCCCCCCCCCCCCCCCCCCCUCCCAGCACCACCUUCGCCAAAUCCUAUGUCCAAAUAACCAGUGACAAAACACAGAAACUGGAACUAAUGCUGCUUAUUAUCUCACACAUCCCAUUAAGUCCCUGCAGAUUCUUCGGCCUGCAUGCAAUAGGAGAUUAGGCAAAGGGAAGUUGCUGCUGUGUCCAAUACUGUUGAGUUUACAGUGAUGGGUAGACUAGUGAUAGAUCGAUGCAUGGUUGACAUUAUAUGAAUAAUAUAAAUAUGGUCCCUAAAAGCACUGAUCUUAAAUUCAGUGUGGUUUAGGCAGUUAUUCGGCAACGACUGAAUUUGAUCCAUAGUUCACGACUGAUAGCUUUCGAGAACCCAAGGAAGCCCAAGGUGGUGUACAGCAGGUCUCCAUCUUGGGUUCUCAGUUGAUGGUAUGGAGGACAGCUGGUUCCAGUGAACUACAAUACGGUUUGGAAACAUUUGGAACUUAACUUUCAUAACAGCAACAAAAUAAUCUUUAAAAUACAAAAGAUACACUUACUGUGCGCAGUUUAGCAAUUAGUAAUGUCUCAAUGGAAUGCAAUGGAAUUUGAGUCAUGAAUAAGGGUUAGAUUGAGGAUAACCUACAACAACCACAUCAAAAAUGUAUUCUUAAUUUUUUCCAGAUGCGCCACAGAAUAUGUCAAUAUCUGAGGCGACUGCUGUGAGAGUUGGCUCCAGUCUCACAUUGUCGUGCCAUGCUGAAGGGAACCCCAGACCAGAUACACAGUGGAAGGCCUUUGGUCCAGAUGGACAGGCUGUUAUAGUGGGGCAGAGCGAAGAGCUUGUCCUUACAGAGAUUACACUGGUGGAUUCUGGUCAAUAUGAGUGUGUGGCAAGCAACACCGUUGGAAACAUCACAGCCAGCGUGAAUGUCAUUGUUCAAGGUAGGAUAACUUUGAAUUUCUCCUUGGUCUUGUAUUUUAAUUCAUUACUGUUUGGUGUCAUUCUGUGAUAGUUUAAUAGUUAGGAGUAAUCUUUAUAGCUUUGUCUAAAUCUCAAUUAAGUAACGUCUAAACUAGCAAGCUAAAGUUUUGUCUUGUGUUCUCUAUCCUGGAUGAUUUCCCUUCUGGCAGCUCCCCCAACCAACACCACCAUCACAGUGAGCCCAGCCAGUGAGGUAAAGGAAGGGGAGAGCGUGAUGGUGUCCUGCCUGUCAGACGGAGCUCCGGUGGGACGUAUGGUGCUGAGGAGACUCUCUGAGGACCAGGAUGUAGAACUCCAGUCCAGCAAUGGCUCCUCCACCUCCUUCACCCUCUCCUCUGCCCUGCUAGCAGACUCUGCUCUCUACCAGUGCGAGGCCUUCAAUGAACACGGCAGUCAGAAAGUCAGCGCCUUGCUCUCCGUUGAAGGUGAGAUUUUUUUAAACAUUUGGGUAACAUUACAUUAGACUUAAUGCUUUUGCGCAGUAGUUACUAUAACUACUUUAGUAACCAGAUUAGAAUUAUGUAAUUGGAGCUUUGUUCAUGAAACAAUGGCAGGAUACUAAUAAUGGAAACUGGCCAAAUUAUUUUUUCAAAAUAGUUACUUGGUUACAGUUUAUUACAUGUAAUUAUACCCAAGUAACUGCAUAAUAUAUUUCAAUGUAAAGUGUAACCUAAAUACAGUAUGUACUGUUCUGCAAAAAGGUCACCAGUAUGUCUGGGUGGUUGUCCUUCAGUUGAACUAUAAGAAUGAACAGAAUGUUACCUUAGUCAUGUGUAUGUAAAAGGCAUGUCUUGUCGGAAAGGGGGAAUUUGUCUUAUUAAACAUUAAACAUUUCAAUACCAAACGUAUUGAAACCCCAAAUUCUCUGUGGAGCAAACAGUGUUGCGUCACCAGGCCAGUAGGUUCCCCUCUGUGUACAAGAGCCAUAGAACAGUGGCAUAGCAGAAAUAGUAAAUGACUGUUCACACGCGUACAGACGUUUGAGAGACUCUCCAAUGUGGAUUGCUGCUCUUUUUACUCUGAGGAUAUGCUUCACACCUCCAGGUAAGAUGAGAUAAGUACAGGAGCUAUUCAGAGUAAUAGUUAAGUUAACCCAUACUGUGAUUGAGUAGAUGAUAAGAGCGUUGGGCCAGUAACUGAAAGGUCGCUUGAUCGAAUCCCUGAGCUGACUAGGUGAAAAAUCUGCCGAUGUGCCCUUGAGCAAGGCACUUGGCAAAAUGUUCAUUGUGUUACCCUUCAGAUAAUUUUUAUGAUGAAACUUUACUUUGUGAUGUAUCUUCACUCUUUUUAAUAUACUGUAAUGUUUGCCUUGUUUUUUCUGUUGUGGAUUAAGAUGUAAAGAUAUUUGAUUUUGCUAAGAGUUUUUCUUGCAGGAUAGUGGAUUGGUUUUAAUUUAAUUCAAUUAACUGAACUGAAUUUAACCGAAAUGGAACAGAAUCAAAUUGAACUGAAUUGAUCUCUAUUCAACUGAACUGAGCAUAGAAAUGGCGACGUCAUCUAUCCUCUCUCCUGUGGUUGUAUUCUAUCAGCGUAUCCCCUGGAGGUGACGAUUGAUGUGGGGGUGACGGCUGAGAUGGGAUCCAACCUGGUGCUCUCCUGCCGGGCUUCGGGCUGUCCCCAGCCAGCCUUCCACUGGAGGAGCAUGCUGGACAUGCCCGUCGAUAGCCGUGCACACACCCAGGACUCCCUCUCCCAGCUCCACCUGGGCCCACUUGGGCUGGUCAACGAGCAAGCCUACACCUGUGAGGCCAAGUGUGGCUCUGUCAUCAAGGCCAAGCACACUGAGGUCAAGGUCUUCUGUGAGUAUACUAUACAUCAUCAGAAAGACGGCUUGGUUUAGUUCACUGUAUUUGCUUUGAAACGUGCUAUGCAUCAGCCACCUUUUUACAGGAGUCCAAUGCCAGAUUGAUAUAAUGAAUUCAAGCUUAUUUGGAAAUGUCUAGUUGAAAACAAAGUUAGUUGGGGUUGUGUGUUAUUUGCCUUACACUUGUUCAGUGGUACCAGGGCCUGGCACAUUCAAUUCUACAGGUUUAUGUUGAUAUAGUAACUGUUUGGCUCAGUUUUGGGUAAUGCUUAGGGUCACUUCACUGACUUGGAAAGAGUACAGUGACCCUUUGUAGGAGGUUAGAAGAAUACUCCUCUUAUGAAACCAAACGUAAGACUUCAAGCUUGAAUGAUCACUCUGCUGCUCUCCUGCACAACAUGGGCAGAGGUCCAGUUUGCUUUUGUGGGAAUGCACUGGGAUCAGUAGUCUGGUUCAAUGUGGGAGAGAGAUCACCAAGAAGUGAUGAAUGAUGAAAGCACUCCAGGGUCACUGAAGUGAAGACAUUUCAUACUUCCUGUAUGUGAAAGUGAUUGUGUUGAAGGGGGUACGGGAUGCUGCAUUCUAGGUCUUUGACUCAUGAUUAUAUCCAGAGGGAUGUUUCGCAAAUUGUGUGGAUUAAUGCCUCCCUUACUGGAAGUCUUUUAAAAGUCUGGUAUCUUAUGGAAAUGUGUCAGGUCCCGACAUUCGGAUCUGAAACACAUUUACAUUUUAGUCAUUUAGCAGACGCUCUUAUCCAGAGCGAUCAGUUAGUGAGUGAAUACAUUUUCAUACUGACCCCCCGUGGGAAACGAACCCACAACCCUGGCAUUGCAAGCACCUCAUAUUUUAACCUAUAUUUAAAGGGUCUACUGUUUAACAUGCCUGACUAACUCGCUCACAUCUCUGUCUGGUCUCAUGUUCUUUUAGUCACAUAUUGAUAUUUUCAUCUCCCAUUGCUCUCUCCUCCCCCAGCUUUCCCCUCGGACCCUAUCAUCGAGAACGCUGGCCCCUUUCUGGAACACAGGGUAGCCACUUUUUAUUGUUCGGUAGCCGACGUCUACCCAGCCAGUCACUUGCAGAUCCAGUGGCUCGAUGGGGAAACUGAGCUACACUCCGAGGUGGGUCAGUACUCCAGUGAGCUCCAGAAUGUGACGUCAACGCUAUCUUUCUCGGUUGGACCGGAGGACCAGGGCAGACAGAUCACCUGCAGAGUCAGUCUUCAGAUGGACGAAGUCCCUCAGAGUGGGAGAGAGAGACAGGCGGUGACUGUUCUGGAGCUCCACUGUAAGGGGUUUUACAGAUCAUUCAAGUGUGAAUAAAAUCAUUAACUUAUUUUAUGGCCAUGGGGUGGAUAAGGAUUGUGACGGUCCUGGAGAGCCACAAGGUGGUACAGGAUUUUGUUCCGCCCCAGCAUUUUAACUCACCGGAUUCCACACAUUGUGUUCUGAAGGGAGGACCAUGUACAGUUAAUUGCUUGAAUCACUUUUGUUUAUGCUGGGGUGUCCACCCCCGUGGUGCCUUCAACUUAGGGAAUCCGUUAUACCGAACUUCAGUACUUGAGGUGUGAAUGGCAGUUGUGUAGUGAGGGUUUAUGAAGCCUUAUAACCUAUGUCUGUGUUUAUAAACCUAAACUAAGUCGGAUGUUUGCUGUGCAGAUGCCCCCAGGGGAACCACCAUCAAAGUGAGCCCAGCCAGUGAGGUAAAGGAAGGGGAGAGCGUGUCGGUGUCCUGCCUGUCAGACGGAGCUCCGGUGGGACGUAUGGUGCUGAGGAGACUCUCUGAGGACCAGGAUGUAGAACUCCAGUCUAGCAACGGCUCUUCCACCUCCUUCACCCUCUCCUCUGCCCUGCUAGCAGACUCUGCUCUCUACCAGUGUGAGGCCUUCAAUGAGCACGGCAGCCAGAGAGCUAACACACACAUUACAGUUAAAGGUGGGUGCCAGGCUUCAGGCAAGUACACACCUCAUUAUCUCUUUAUUCUUCUCCCAGGCAACAACAGUAAACUUUCCCUAACCCUGGUUAGGUUUUUUUUUGCUUCUUCAAUGAAGUUACUGGUUUUUCGCUUCUUGUUUACAGUCUUGUAUUUGCUCUCGUUUGUUGGAGUGUGGCCUUUCCAUUGUCAUGUGGCAGCUGCAGUGGUGUAAAGUACUUAAGUAAAAAUACUUUAAAGUAUUACUUAAGUAUUUUUGGGGGGGUAUCUGUACUUUACUAUUUAUCUUUUUGCCAACUUUUACUUUUACUUCAUUACAUUUCUAAAGAAAAUAAUGUACUUUAUACUUUGCUUUAUCUUGGCCAGGUCGCAGUUGUAAAUGAGAACUUGUUCUCAACUGGCUUACCUGGUUAAAUAAAGGUGAUUUUUUUUUUUUUUUAUAUUUAACUCCAUACAUUUUGAUUGUCCAAUUCACACACUUCUCAAGAGAACAUCCCUGGUCAUUCCUACUGCCUCUGAUCUGAUGGACUCACUAAACACAAAUGCUUUGUUUGUAAAUUAUGUCUGAGUGUUGGAGUGUGCCCCUGGCUAUCCGUAAAAAAAAAGAAGUAAUAAUAAAUUGUGCCGUCGGGUUUGCGUAAUAUAAGGAAUUUGAAAUUAUUCAUACAUGUACUUUUACUUUUGAUACUUAAGUAUAUUUAAAACCAAAUACUUUUAGACUUUUACUCAAAUAGUAUUGUACUGGGUGACUUUCACUUUUACUUGAGUAAUUUUCUAUUAAGGUAUCAUACUCAAGUAUGACAAUUGAGUACUUUUUCCACCACUGGGCAGCUGUCAGUAUCUAAGAACAUGCUCUAUAAGCCAGUCAUUGGCUGAGCUGUUGUCACACUGUACCAAAAUAGAAUAUCACACUUAUACCACACUUAACAUUGCACAGGAACUCAACAACAUGAAAUGACAAAAGUAAUUCUAGAUAAUGAGUUCUAUAGGAUACGUCUCAUUGAUAUUUCACACAUUGUUGUCAGUAGUUCCACACAUUUUGCUCAGUAAUCAACAAUAUAACGGACGGUAAUGGUACACAUGAACAAAAGUAUGUGGACACCUGCUCGUCGAACAUCUCAUUCCAAAAUCAUGGGCAUUAAUAUGGAGUUGGACCCCCCUUUGCUGCUGUAACAGCGUCUAUUCUUCUGGGAAGGCUUUCCACUAGAUGUUGGAACAUUGCUGCGGGGACUUGCUUCCAUUCAGCCACAAGAGCAUUAGUGAGGUCAGGCAGUGAUGUUGGGCGAUUAGGCCUGGCUCACAGUCGGCGUUCCAAUUCAUCCCAAAGGUGUUCGAUAGGGUUGAGGUCAGGGCUCUGUGCAGGCCAGUCAAGUUCUUCCACACCGAUCUCGACAAACCAUUUCUGUGUGGACCUCGCUUUGCACGGGGGCAAUGUAAUGCUGAAACAGGAAAGAGCCUUCCCCAAACUGUUGCCACAAAGUUGGAACCACAGAAUCGUCUAGAAUGUCAUUGUAUGCUGUAGUGUUAAGUUUUCCCUUCACUGGAACUAAGGGGCCUAGCCCGAAACAUGAAAAACAGCCCCAGACCAUUAUUCCUCCUCCACCACACUUUACAGUUGGCACUAUGCAUUGGGGCAGGUAGCGUUCUCCUGGCAUCCGCCAAACCCAGAUUUGUCCGUCGGACUGCCAGAUGGUGAAGCGGGAUUCAUCACGCCAGAGAACGCGUUUCCACUGCUCCAGAGUCCACAGCGGCGAGCUUUACACCACUCCAGCCGAUGCUUGGCAUUGCGCAUGGUGAUCUUAGGCUUGUGUGCAGCUGCUUGGCUCCAUUUCAUGAAGCUCCAGACGAACAGUUCUUGUGCUGACGUUGCUUCCAGAGGCAGUUUGGAACUCAGUAGGGAGUGUUGCAACCGAGGACAGACGAUUUUUACGUGCUACGCGCUUCAGCACUCGGCAGUCCCGUUCUGUGAGCUUGUGUGACCUACCACUUCGCGGCUGAGCCGUUGUUGCUCCUAGACGUUUCCACUUCACAAUAACAGCACUUACAGUUGACCGGGACAGCUCUAGCAGGGCAGAAAUUUAACGAACUGACUUGUUGGAAAGGUGGCAUCUUAUGACGGUGCCACGUUGAAAGUCACUGAGCUCUUCAGUAAGGCCAUUCUACUGCCAAUGUUUGUCUAUGGAGAUUGCAUGGCUGUGUGCUCGAUUUUAUGUACCUGUCAGCAACGGGUGUGGCUGAAAUAGCUGAAUCAUUAAUUUGAAGGGGUGUCCACAUACUUUUGUAUAUAUAGUGUAUGUUGCAUUGCAAACUGCCAAUAGACCAAAUGUCGUACGGUAUUUCAAGGCAGUCUCAAAUGUCUUCCCUCAGUAUUGAAGUGUGUUCUAUUUGCCUUGUGUCCAGCACCUCCUAGGAACACAACAGUCAUGAUAUAUCCAUCCGCUGAGGUGCAGGAGGGCCAAAAUGUCACCAUCUGCUGUCGCUCUGUUAGUUUCCCCCCACCUGCUGUGGUUUUAAGGAAACUGGAUAAUGGCACAGAGCUCUACUCCCCAGAUGGGAACUUCCUGCUGGUGAACCUUACUCCCAACGAUACAGGCCUAUACCAGGUGAAUGUUACCAAUGACCUGGGUUACGAGACCGAGAUCUUCAGCAUCAACGUCAUAGGUGAGUGAUGUGGUUCAGUGUUCGCUCUUUAGCUCGACAUGCUAGAAGUUACAGGAAGAGAGCUCUUUAUUUCCCUUCACCACAAAUAUAAUUAUAUUUGUUAUUAUUAUAUAAAAUAUAAUUCACAAUAAAACCAGUUACUUGAAACCACUUUGAACCCCAUGUUUAACUGAGAAAUUGGGAACGGAGAGAACGGAGAUGGAACUAACAAUGUAAUUUGAGAACAGUGAAGCUUGCAAAAGUCAAGAAAAUUCCAUCCACCAAUAACAAACACUGGUGUCAUUUGAGAGGACUCGAAAGCUGUAAAAACAUCAAAUCAAAACAUUUGGCCAAUCUGCCUCAUCUUCACUGUCUACCUGUUCUUCCCCUCUUCCCUUGGCCUCCAGAGAAUCACUCCAGUACUUCACCGGACUGGAACCAGAUAGUCAUUCCUGCUGUCUGCGUGGGUAUCAUGGUGACCACCAUGGGCCUAGUCCUGGACCACCUGAGGAGAGCCAGGAGGAAGGGCUUCUAUGAGCUGGCCAAGUGUAAGCCCGGCUCUGCAUAG